ACUUACAACAGGAGUUUUUUGUAUCAUACUUGGUCCUUUGAAAUCCAUCAGGUGUCACUGCAUCUUUGAAAAGCUCCCAUGGCAAGUACAAAGUACAGUAGCAGUGCACAGGUACCUCGAGUUCUUCAUUUUCAGCUUGUUGAUGGAAUGCAACUUCAGGCUAACGUCUCUGGAUGUUCGACUGCGCGCAAUGUCAGAGUUGAAUUCCAGCUUAGAAACUGCACUAGGACUUGGAUUCUCCAUUGGGGAUUUAUUUACCAUGGAAAUCCUAUUAUGAUGAUUGUAGCCUUCUACAGGAACUGGUACAUCCCAACUGAAGGUCCAUAUUAUCAGCAAGGUGCAUUGCAGACACCAUUCGUGAAGAGUGGGCAGAUGUAUGUACUCAAUAUUGAGUUACGGGACCCUAAGAUACAUGCUAUCGAAUUUGUUUUGAAGGAUGGUAGCUGUGACAGAUGGUUGAAAUUGAACCAUGGGAAUUUCCAUGUUGAGAUACCUAAGAACGAUGAUCCAGGUGCUUUUCUUCAACCUAUACCAAAUCAUCUUGUAGAGCGCAACGCAUAUCUCAUUUGGGAAAGCAAGGGGAGGCCCUCAAGCUCACCAGAACAGCAAAAGCAAGAUUACAAUGAUGCUUUAAGAGAGCUGCAAAAUCAACUGAAAAAAGGAGUAUCUUUGGGUGAGUUAGAGAACAUUUAUAUGAAAGUAAAUACAAAAUCAAUGACUCAGGAUGGGGGACUUGCUACUGCUACAAGUGGAGCACCAUCUUCUUAUUGUCGGAGACAUGAUGUUUUAAAGUGGUUGCAAAAGCACUCUGAGGGAAAAAACACCAGUCUAUCUUCGUCAACUUUGAUGAAUCUUGUGGAAAAAUAUAUCGGAGGGAAUAAUGUAGUCUCACGGCAAAGUUACUCUAUUGGAAAUUAUGAAGUAGUGGUUCUUUCUAAAUUUGUUUCUGGUGAUUAUCACGUACUGGUCACUGUUAACAUGAAAGGUUCAACAGUUCUUCACUGGGGAGUGUCAAAGUCAUCACCUGGGGAAUGGUUGGCCCCUCCAUCAGAUAUGUUGCCUGAAAAAUCAAAAAUGGUUGUUGGAGCGUGUCAGACUUAUUUUACAGAUGUAUUAGGUGGAGAAGGAUCCUUUCAGGUUGUGGAUAUUAAUUUGCAGCAGAGGAAUUUCAUUGGCAUCCAAUUUGUGAUCUGGUCCAAUGGUACUUGGAUAAAACAUAGUGGAGCUAACUUCUAUAUAGGCCUGAAACCAAUGAAUCCAUGUGGGAAGGUUGAUGGAAAUGAGAAGGGAAUUUUGAAAUGGUUACUUGAUGAAAUGGCUCAAAGAGAAAAGGAGGCUGAGAGGUCCUUUAUGCACAGGUUCAAUGUUGCAACAGAGUUGACAGAGCGUUGUAAAUUUGAAGGGGAAUUGGGGCUUAUUGGUAUAUUUGUCUGGAUGAGGUUCAUGGCUUGCAGGCAUCUUACAUGGAACAAGAACUAUAACGUGAAACCACGUGAAAUAAGUGAUGCUCAAGAUAGGUUUACCAAUUUACUUCAAAGAAUUUUUCUCAACCAGCCAAAUGACCGAGAAAUUGUGAGGCUAAUAAUGAUAUGUGUUGGUCGUGGAGGUCAGGCUGAUGCUGGGCAAAGAAUUCGUGAUGAAAUACUAAUGAUUCAGAGAAAUAAUGAUUGCAAUGGUGGAAUGAUGGAGGAGUGGCACCAGAAGUUGCAUAAUAAUAGCAGCCCGGAUGAUGUGAUUAUUUGUGAGGCACUACUAAAUUAUCUAAGAUGCGGUUUUAAAAUUGAUGUUUAUUGGAGAACAUUAAAUGCAAAUGGUCUCACAAAAGAAAAGCUUGCAAGUUAUGAUCGCCCAAUUGUUUCUGAGCCUUGUUUUAGACUGGAUGCUACAGAGGGUCUCAUCCAUGACCUUACCAUGUACUUGAAGACAUUGAAGGCUGUCCAUUCAGGUACAGACCUUGAAUCUGCCAUUGAAACUUGUAUUGGUUCUGCUUUCAAGAGUCAGAAUUUUACAGGAGCAGCCAGCGGUAGUUUGCCACUUAAGCUGCAGGAAUCCCUGAACUUUGUCAAAGCACAUGUUGGUGAUGAGAAAAUUGGCCCACUUAUGGAGAAGUUACUGGAUUCUCGGAUUGAGCUUCGUCCUCUUCUGCUCACACCUAAUGCAAGAGGAAAAGAUCUGCUGUUCCUUGAUCUUGCUCUGGCUUCAGCUGUUAGAAUAACCAUCCAAAGGGGACUUAAAUAUCUUAACUUCUCAUACCCACCAGAAAUUAUGUUCUUCAUUUCCUUGGUGCUUGAGAAUUUAUGUCUGUCAACAGUGAACAAUGAAAAUAUCAUUUACUGUACAAAGGACUGGUACCAUGCAUGUGAAUCAUACAAACCCAAUGAUGUUCCCUGGGCACUACAAACAAAAGCUAUUCUUGAUCGUUUACAGCUAAUACUCUCAGACAGGUCCCAGAAUUACCAGAACAAGAUCCAGCCUAGUGCACAAUAUCUUGGCAAUCUGCUCGGAAUUGAAAAAUCAGUGAUCAAUACUUUCACAGAAGAAUUAAUGAGGGCAGGAUCCUCAGCGGUUCUUUCCACACUCAGUAACCGCUUUGAUCCCACUCUUAGAAGAGUGGCAAAUUUAGGAAGUUGGCAGAUUAUCAGCCCCGUGGAAGUGUGUGGUUCUGUAAGUUGCGUUAAUGAGUUAGCUUCUGUUCAGAACAAAGUUUUCCGGAGACCAACAGUCGUUAUUGCAACUAGAGUAUCUGGAGAAGAGGAGAUUCCGGAUGGCGUUGUAGCUGUCUUGACUUCUGAUGCACCAGAUGUUCUGUCUCACGUGUCUAUUAGAGCUAGAAAUAACAAGAUUUGCUUUGCCACAUGCUAUGAUCAGAAUACUCUUAGGAAUCUCAAGUUGAAGGAAGGACGAGCCAUAUCAAUACGAUUAAAUUCCACAAAUUUGAUGAUUAGUGACGUCAGCAACUCCUAUUUAUCUCUUAAUUCCUUUGUUUCCAUCAUUCCUCAAAGAGCCACCCUUAGAAAGAGAAAUUUCUGUGGUAGAUAUGCUGUUGCCGUCGAGGAGUUCACUCCUGAAGUAGUGGGUGCUAAAUCUUGUAACAUAAAAUUCUUAAGAGGAAGGGUGCCAUCAUGGAUUAAGAUUCCAAUGUCAGUUGCAAUACCAUUUGGAGCUUUUGAGGCCAUUCUUGCACAAGACAUUAAUAAGGAUAUAGCAAACAAGGUUUCUUCUCUUCAGAAAUUAGUUAAGGGCGGUGACAUGUCAAAACUUCAAGCAAUACAAGAAGCUAUUCUUCAAAUGACUGCUCCCUUGUCUUUGACCAAUGAACUUAGGAGCAAAAUGAAAGGCGCAAGAAUGCCCUGGCCUGGUGAUGAAGGUGAGAACAGGUGGCAUCGUGCUUGGCAGGCAAUAAAGAAGGUUUGGGCUUCAAAAUGGAAUGAAAGAGCAUACCUUAGUUGCAGGAAAGCUAAUUUGAAUCAUGAAAACCUUCUCAUGGCAGUGUUAAUUCAAGAAAUCAUUUGUGGUGAUUAUGCUUUUGUUAUUCACACUAAAAAUCCAAUAUCAGGUGACACUUCUGAGAUAUAUGCAGAGAUAGUGAAGGGUUUAGGAGAGACUUUGGUGGGUGCAUAUCCCGGAAGAGCUAUGAGCUUCACGGCCAAAAAGAACAAUGUGGCAUGUCCCUCGGUCACUUGUUAUCCAAGCAAGCAAAUAGGGCUAUACUCCAGGCCCUCUGUUAUAUUCCGUUCAGACUCAAAUGGUGAAGAUCUCGAAGGAUAUGCUGGCGCUGGACUUUAUGACAGUGUGCUAAUGGAUGAAGCAGAAAGAGUGGUUUUAGGUUACUCCGGUGACAGAUUGAUUGUAGACAGAGCUUUCCAGACAUCACUGCUCUCAAAAAUUGCAGAGGCUGGAAAAGUUAUAGAAAGCCUGUAUGGUUCCCCCCAGGACAUUGAAGGAGUGGUAAAAGAUGGAGUUAUCUAUGUGGUUCAAGCAAGGCCACAGAUCUAAUAGACACAUUGACAAGCAUAUGUAUACUCUUCCAAGUUCCAACAUAUUAGUAAAAAUGAAAAAAUUCACUCCAAGGCCUUUAGGGAUAGUGCCACUGAUAAACUUGAUUUAAGCUAUUUUGUGCAUUAAACACUUGGAAUAAAGUAAGCUCUGACUCAGUCCCCAGACCUUAUCUUAAUGGUCAAGUCCUUUGGUUUAAUGGGGAUCAUCUCUUAUGGGUUGUAGUUUUAA